CGACCCUGCCCUCUCCGACGUAGGCUGAGAUUGACCUCGUGGGGCCGCGCCCUCCCAGCCCCCCGCAGCGCCCCCGGUUCUAGGCCCCAUCCUUCCCGGGGAGGCCAAAGGCCUGCCUCGGGAGCCGCGGCCCAGCGGACCAGGGCAACUUUGUAGUCAGUUCGAGAAGUCUCUCAGGCCCCGGUGACGCGCCACCAUCCGGCGCCCUCAUUGGCUGCUCCCUGCCCCACCCUCCCCAGGAAACGUGCGUCCGCUGCGGAGACGGCCUGGCUUCUGCUUGGCUUACGGGGCGGGGCGGGGCCCGGGCAUGCAGGGUACCCCAAAACUGCCCAAGGGGGUCCUGCUGGCCUUGGGCCUGCUCCUUACUAUACUGCUGUACCUGGGACUGCCUAGUCUCCCCCAGCCUCUUGCCUGGACCUGGGACAGAGAGAAUGUCACCAUCCUGGCUGGCCUCACCCACAGCAACUCCUCCCUCUUCUACAGGGAGGUGAAGCCCCUUCACAAGACACAGAGGCCAAGCCUUCCUCAGGCCCAUCUCUUCAUGCUGUCCCCGCUGCCCCAAGGGGACAAGUCCCGCCUUGAUGCCCAGUCCACUUUGGGGAGGAUCGGGGAGUCAGUGAGGAUCUUCGGAAGGGUUGAGGUGGUGUUACUACACGGAAAGGCCUUCACCUCACACAUCUGGCAGCAGCUGGGGACACUGGAGAAGCUGUCCCGAAGGGGCUACCGGGCCAUUGCUCUAGAUCUCCCUGGUUUUGGGAACUCAUUCCCCUCAUCUGCAGCCAGGACAGAGGCUGGGCGGGCGGAUCUCCUGCAUCAAGUCCUGCAAGACCUGGAGGUGAAGAACCUCGUGUUGGUCAGCCCCUCCCUGAGUGGCCUCUACUCCCUGCCCUUCCUGAUGCGUCUCCACUCGCAGCUUUGUGGAUUUGUCCCCAUUGCUCCUACCUUCACCAAGAACUAUACAAACAAGCAGUUCUCAGCCAUCAAGUCCAGCCCUCUGUCCCCUAUGUCAUCUAGCUGCUUAGAGUGACUGAGCUGAAGGCUCCAGCCUGUGACCCCACAGACAGAGAUGGCUGACUAGGGCAAUUUGGAUGAUUCUUCCUGUGGUGCACCCAAAGGAUAGCCUUGUCUCCAUCCCAGGACACUGCCAAGGGAAGCUGGCCGAGAAUUUGUGAGACGGGGGUUCAGUAGAGAGACCUGCCCAGGACUCCCCAAAUCAUGAAACAACCAUCACAGACAACCCCAAGAUCUCCCUCUUCCCUGGCCUCUAUUAAUGACAAGGAAAUAAGCAAGGGGACAAGGAGUAUGGGGCCGCGGAGCCAUCGGGAGAAGCUGAAGGCAGCCAGUAGCCUCGAGUCAUUGCAAGCACACACAUGCCCUGGGGGAGCUGACUCAGCACCUGGCACAGGGGAAGGUGACAGGGAAGUGAGUUCAAAGGCCUCCCAUGGUGAACUGGCCAUCCGGAGAGAGAUGGACAAAGGGCACGUGUGGUUGCUCAGUGAACAAGCCGUCAUGCCUUUGCACACAUCCAAGUACUCACCUCCAUUGGGGUCCAGAGCUUGGCAGGGCCUGGUCUCACAGGACAC